AUGAACAACAAGCUUCAGUGCUCACUCUGGCCAGACUGCUUCAAACCGUUGUUCCCUACCACAGGGCCACCGACUAAGCCCCCUCGGUCGUUGAGCAACGGAUUUUAUCGCGCACUGGAUCACGUCCCCGCUGAUGUCCGAGAUUGCCUCUCCAACACGAGUCAGCUUGAGCACCUCGUCACUGUGCGCGCCAGAGCCUACAAGAUCAUGUACAAGCUAACUCGUUUCGGAGAUCGCAAAGCUCAACAAGAAUUUAGGCGCGGAAACACCCUCAUCUUCAGCCAGAACACCGCUUCGUUCACCGAUGUACUGCCCAUGUUAGUCGAGGAACUCGCUGACAGUGUGUGCGUUCUAUUCUGCAGAGGGAACCCCAACCUUGCGGAGCUGGACAAGUGUCGACCCAUGAUCGUGAAGCAGAGUCGGAUCCACUGCAAAAGAUGCUCAGGUGGUUGA